AGGUGGCGAGAUCGCAUUUGCAUGUUUUGAAAUUACAUAUCGGGUUUGUUCUGUAGAAGAACGCAGCAUUUGUCUACACAGGGAACGCCAGAUUGUUAGUUAACCCUGUGUGUCCAACAAAAUGACAGGUACAGAGUGGAUUUUGAAACUGCGACAGUAGCUGUGCUUCUAUGUCGUAUCCUGUCCGUAGGUUAGUAGAGCUUAGUUCCAUUUACUUGAUUAAGUGAACGUUCGCUGUCGCACUGGAGCCUGUUAUCCAGAUAGCUAGCUAGCACAGGUUCAGUAUCGCUAGCUGAAAGGAAGCAAAUCAAAAUGUCGAUUCAGUAUGAGGAGCCCAUGGGAAGCUAUGGUGGAGAAUCUUUGAAAGACUUUGACUACGGGGUGGACGAACCCGACAUCGAGGAUAAUUCACCUUCCUCUGAUAGCAAACCAAGAAUAUUGUUGAUGGGCUUACGACGGAGCGGAAAAUCAUCUAUUCAGAAGGUGGUUUUUCAUAAGAUGUCGCCCAACGAGACCCUGUUCUUGGAGAGCACCAACAAAAUUUACAAGGAUGACAUAUCGGACAGCUCCUUUGUAAAUUUCCAGAUCUGGGACUUUCCUGGUCAAGUGGACUUUUUUGACCCUACCUUUGAUUAUGAGAUGAUCUUCAGGGGAACUGGGGCCUUGAUCUUUGUGAUAGAUGCGCAGGAUGACUAUGUGGAGGCCCUAGGCAGGCUGCAUCUGACGGUGUCACGAGCCUUCAGGGUGAACCCGGACAUCAACUUUGAGGUGUUCAUCCAUAAAGUGGACGGCUUGUCUGACGACCACAAGAUCGAGACCCAGAGAGACGUCCACCAGAGAGCCAACGACGACCUGGCGGACGCCAGUCUAGAGAAGCUUCACCUCAGUUUUUAUCUGACCAGCAUCUACGAUCACUCCAUAUUCGAGGCCUUCAGUAAAGUGGUCCAGAAGCUCAUCCCCCAGCUCCCCACACUAGAGAACCUGCUGAACAUCUUCAUAUCUAAUUCUGGGAUUGAGAAGGCCUUCCUGUUUGACGUUGUCAGUAAGAUCUACAUCGCCACAGACAGCUCUCCCGUGGACAUGCAGUCAUAUGAGCUGUGUUGUGACAUGAUCGACGUGGUCAUAGACGUUUCCUGUAUUUAUGGCCUCAGAGAAGAUGGCAGCGGGAGUGCCUACGACAAAGAGUCCUUAGCCAUCAUCAAGCUCAACAACACCACAGUACUCUACCUGAAGGAGGUCACCAGGUUCCUGGCCCUAGUCUGCAUCCUGAGGGAGGAGAGCUUCGAGAGGAAAGGUUUAAUAGACUACAACUUCCACUGUUUCCGCAAAGCCAUCCAGGAAGUCUUUGAAGUGGGUAACUCUGUCCAGCGAUCAGGUUUUCUGGACGCCAGUCCUCCCAUCAGCAGCCUGGCCAGCUUAAAGGCCGGAACGCUCAACGGGACCCCAAGGAAUGUUGUUUGAUAUUUGGAAUACUGUGGGG